AUUGGUCUGAUACGAGGAACUCAGAGUGGUGAAAUGUUCAGCUGGAUGUUGGAGGCUCAUCGAGCAGCACUGGGUGUUUCUCACUGAGCGCAAGAGACGGCAAAACAAGCAUCAGGACAGAAUUCUGAUGAUGAUGAUGACAAUGAAGAGCAGUUUCUCAGGACCCUUCGUCAUCGUCCUCCUCCUCAACAGUACCGUGUGUGGGCUGGGAUCAGUGGUGUCCAAACAAUACACGUACUUCCACAGUCAUUACAGCUGGCAGGACGCUCAAAAUUACUGCAAGAGCAACUACGUGGCCGACUUGGCCACCAUCUAUACGCAGUCAGAUGAAAACCUUAUGACCAUGACGACCUAUCAUGCAUGGAUCGGCCUGUUCAAAGUGACAACCUCCUACACAACAUCCUCCAACUACUCAACAUAUUGGAAGUGGUCUAAUGGAGUAUACCUAUACCUCAACGCCUGGGGAAACAGCGAGCCACAAGCUGGCGAAACCUGUGCUACCGUCUAUUACACACACAGGAGGUUUUAUGGCACAAGUUGUGGAGGACCUUUCUUCUUCAUUUGUCACAAGCAGCACCCCGCACAUUACGAAUACAAGUUUAUACCACAGUCAAAGUCGCGGUCUGAAGCCCUGCAGUACUGCAAGAGUGUGUACGAUGAUCUGGCAACUUUUAGACACUCCUCCGACCUGAUCUCAGCUGUCAUUGAGCGGGACUUUCCAGUCUGGACUGGACUGUACAGAGAGGGGGGAACAUGGAGGUGGAGCACAGGGUUGUCGGAGUACAGAAAUUGGGACUUGAACGAGCCAGGGAACAACGGCGACUGUGUCUCCAUCUCCUCUAAAGGCAAAAAGAUGGCUACCUAGGACUGCUCCAACCGGUUUCCCUUCGUCUGCUCCAGGGACAACCUAGUCCUAGUAAAGGAGAACAAGACAUGGGAGGAGGCGAUGGAGCACUGCCGAGCCCUUCACUACCAGCUGAUCAGCGUGCAGCCUGGGCAAGACCAUGACUACGUGACCACCAAGGUCAUGGAGGCCUACACUGAGGAGGUGUGGUCAGGUCUCCGUUUCCUGGCUGGGGAGUGGCUGUGGGUGAAUGGGGCAAGCAUGUCGUACUCAGACCUGCCCCUCUGCCCCCCCUUAAGGCAGCACUGUGGAGCCAUAUCCAAGAACAACACAGGCAGCAUGGAGAUCGCAGACUGUACUGAGAAAAGGAACUUCCUGUGUUAUAAGUGACAUCACCACCAUCAUCUGCAUCAGGCUGGUCUCAACCACAAGUUUAUAUUCACAUGAUAUUCAACCUGGCGCACAGCUUAUUCAGAUGGUACAUUAUACAAAUGUGUGGGUUUGAAUAGCCUACGUUAAUGGAACAUGUAUCUUACUAAGAAAUAACUUUGCAAAUGUUUGAUCAAACUUUCUGAUUAACUUUCUGAAAUAUUAUCUGUAAACUUUGACUUCCCUCAUAGACUUAGUCAUGUAUCAGCUCAGUAAAAGUUAAACUGCCCACACAUGAUCAACGGUAAAAUUGCUCUGCGCUACCGUUGAUGUGGCACACCGCUCGACAUUGCCACUAAGUGCUACACUCAUAGUUCCAAUUAUUUCAACUCUGAAAGGUCAGCGGCAACCAAGGUCAAAGUGCAACCAAUGAGAUAACAGCUGCAACUGUUGUUGUUGACUAGAAACAGUGAAUGGCGUUCAUUGUGUACUUUUUUUGAUGACAUACCUGCGCUGCGCUUUGCCUCUGCAAAGGGGUCGUUUAGAAGGUAACCCACAAUUUGCGAAACUCUUGCAACAUGGUUAAGGUUAGGCAUUGAC